CUGUAUUUAAAAUUUUAUUCAUCUAAAUCUUAUUUGACAGCAAUGAAGAAAACCUGUAAAUCAGCCAUGUUAAACCGCAUCUGGCAGGCCAGUCGGAGAGCUGUGAACUUGGAACACUCACCACCACACGUAUUUGCAUGCAGCCAGUGGCAGAAUGGCACCAAACCAGCUACAUUCUACCUCAUCUAUAGAUGGAUAGUAUUCCUAACAGUGCUAUGUGUUGGUAUAUCAAGCUUCGCCUGCCAGCGACUCCCUCGUCUUUACGACGGCCCUAAAGUGGAACUGAACUAUUUCAAAUGGUUCAUAUAUUUCACCAACUGGGGCUAUCUGCUAAUUAUAGUGCAAGCUGGUCUUGCUAUCGCAGUAGUACAUCGAUACCGAGCACAAAAGACUUUCAAUAUUCCCUGUGAAGAUGAAGAGAUUCCUAUGUCACGUCGACAACGUACUCCACUUCUGUGCCGCACAUACUGGCUCGCCCACACUGUGGCCACCGACCUCGCCUUCGUCAUCACACUCAUCUACUGGACAUUGGUGCACGACCCAAGAAUCCAUGACAUCAAUACCCUCAACCUACUAGUCCACGGGGGCAAUUCCAUAUUAAUGUUGGUAGAACUGAUGGUAACAGCGCAUCCCGUACGAGCUGCUCACGCGGUUUUCGGCGCAGGUGCAGGGCUUACAUAUGGAGUGUUCAGCGCCUUUUUACUGGUCGGUUGGCGGCACUGA